UGGAUGGCUGAACAAGUAUGGCGGACACAGACAGAGUAAGAUCACGUAAAUGCCGAAAAUGAAAACCAUUUCUUGCACUAGCUUGAAGUUUUAAGAGUUAAUUCACUCCUGAGUUCAUCCUUUUCGCCAAUGACACUCACAGAGAGAAGGUCUAAACGUUCAAGUUAAUUGCAAUUUGAUUUUGAGAUCAACACUCAACCCGCUUCACCUAUGAAAUUGCCUGAAAUGUCGAACACGCGAAGACGAGUGAAGUUGUAUGUGUUGAAUGACGAACGGCAAUGGGACGAUCAUGGAACUGGCCAUGUUUCAUCCAUGUACGUUGAUCAUGAAAAAAUGCAAGGCAUUGUUCUUCUUGUGAGGUCUGAAGAUGAUGGAUCUUGCUUACUAGAAUCAAGAAUACAGACUGAUACUGUGUAUCAAAAGCAGGAGGCAACAUUAAUCGUCUGGUCAGAAGGAGAUAAUGACCUUGCACUCAGUUUUCAAGAGAAAGAAGGAUGUGAUGAAAUCUGGGAAAAAAUUUGCCAGGUUCAAGGUAAAGAUCCUUCUGUUGAUAUCACACAAGAAGUUGGGGAAGAAGAUGAUGAACAGUUUGAAGAAGUACAAGAUUUUUCAACACCAAUUGAUCUUCCACCUUGUGAACUCAGUAAACUUGAAGAAAUAGCAGAAUUGUUUGCUAGUGUAUUGCCUUCACCAUUAAAAAGAGAAAGACUGGCCAGUGCUAUUGAGCAAGAACAGUACAUUAAAAAACUUCUGAAUUUAUUUCACAUUUGUGAAGAUCUCGAGACAGAGGAAGGACUACAUCACCUGCACGAGAUAUUUAAAGCCAUAUUUAUUUUAAACAAAAACUCCCUGUUUGAAAUUAUGUUUGUAGACGAUAAUAUAUUAGAUGUACUGGGGGUCUUAGAGUAUGACCCAAAUUCUAAAGAGACUAUCAAACACAGGCAAUUUGUCCAAGAGAAGGCACGUUUUAAAGAAGUCAUUCCAAUCACGAGCAAAGACCUUCUGCGCAAGAUUCACCAAACAUACAAAGUUCAAUAUAUCCAAGAUAUUCUGGUGCCAGUCCCAACAGUCUUUGAGGACAACAUGUCUACUCUAAGUUCAUUCAUAUUUUUUAGUAAGAUAGAGAUUGUAAAUAUGAUACAGGAGGAUGAGAGAUUUCUUACAGAACUUUUUGCAAGACUUAAAGAUGAUGAAUUGUCAGAUGACAAAAGGCGAGAACUGGUUCUAUUUCUAAAAGAGCUGUGCCACCUUUCACAGACAUUGCAGCAGCAUAGCAGGGAUUCUUUCUUAAAGGCAUUAUCAGCUCAUGGUCUUCUGUCAACUUUAGCAACACUUUUGCAGAACAUAGAUGAUCCAGUGACUAAGUCAGCUAUUGUGGAUAUUUUAUGCAUUAUUGUUGAGUACAACCCCUCUAUGGUCAGAGAAUACUUGCUUAAAGAAGCUAAUACCACAGAAGAGGAUCAACUGCUGAUGAAUCUACUUAUUGACCUCAUGAUUUGUGGCACCGACAGCAGUAGGUCAUCAUUGCUGCUAUGCUUAUUGCGCAUGCUUUUAGAUCCGGAAAACAUGAGCCUUGGUGUAAACAAAAUGGAAAAAACAGAGUUCUUAGCAUUUUUCUAUAAGCAUUCCAUGCACGUUUUAACUGCACCACUUUUUGCUGCCACGGCGAUUGGUGAUACGUUACCAAAAGACGAUUUCAAGACAGCUGCCACUUUGGAUCAUAUAAUCGAGCUGCUAUCCUUCUUCGUCGAUCAUCAUACGUACCAUAUAAAGAAUUAUAUCAUUAAUAAGGAUUUGCUACGAAGGGUUCUUGCAUUAAUGCAAUCAGAUCACAAGUUUCUAGCUCUGGCUGCGUUAAGGUUUUGCCGCAAGAUCAUCGGUGUGAAAGAUGAGUUCUAUAAUAGAUACAUCAUAAAAGGAAAGCUGUUGGCACCCAUAGUUACGGCGUUUGAAGAUAACGGAAACAAAUACAAUAUGAUCAAUUCUGCGAUCAUAGAACUUUUCGAAUUCAUCCGAAUUGAGGAUGUGAAAUCGCUUUGCACAUAUGUUGUUGAAGAUUACAUGUCUUCUUUCGAAAGUGUUGAUUAUGUGCAAACAUUCAAAGGAUUGAAGAUGAGGUUUGAACAGGAAAAAGACAGGCUAACGCGCAAAAAUACUGACAGGAACGCAAACCAUGGAAUUAUCCACAUAAACUCGGCGAGAUAUAAGAGGGAUGCUCGCGACCUUGAUGAAGAUGAAGAGAUAUGGUUCGACAGAGAAGAAGAUGAAGAUGUAUCCACUGUUCCUGUGCAGACAGAUGAGAAUUCAAAGCCUACAUCAACGGCGCAAAAAUAUAAUGAUAUUGAUAUUAUAGUCAAUUUGAAAAGGACUUCAAACAACUCGGUUGUAGCUUCUAAUCAAUCAACAGCAACGACAACAACCACACAGGAAGCAACCAUUAAAAACGCGACUGAUUCGCCCCCCAAAACAAUACAGCUUUCAUCUUUAACAUCAGCAGCGCCCUCUGUGAACUCACGCAAGCUUCCCCUUGGAGGUCUUGUCGACUACCCUGAUGACGAUGAAGAUGACGAUGACAAUGGCUCGGGCAACAGCGAUGAAGAGCUGAUGUCACCUGCCAAGAAACAGCGUUUGGAUGCCACCACAUAGAAUCUGAAGUCAAGCCGCAUUUGUGAUCCUGUGUAGUUCCGAUGCUUUUCGGUAAUAUCCCGGAAAAUGGAUCUUUGUGCUUUGCUUUAUUAGUUGACAAUACACGAACCCAAGCCACACAUUGAUCGACAAAAUGACCCAGCUAAAGGCUCGGAUUAUGGUUGAGCUUUGUUAGAUGUUCACCCCUGGCAACCAGCCGGACAUGCUUGAACAGGUUUAAACUGUACAGAACAGUGCUUCCGUCCUGCUUACAACUCUGCAUGCACAGGAGAGGCAAAAUGUGCUUCACUAACUUUAUUAUUUAAGCAUAAGAAAUGGGCUUUGUAUCCCUAUGCACCGUUUUCAUCGAGAGAUCCAGAUGUUCUUAGAGUUUAAGACUUCUAUCAAGGAAUUUUCCAGAUUUUGUUUGGGUCUAUCUUCCUUGAAUCUGUUUGUAGGUUGAUUGCUAUAAUAUAUUUUCCUCUCUAUGGUUUUAUUCCCCUACCGUUGCUAGAUAAAGUUAGUGAAAAUCAUUUUCGCCAAUCCUCGUGUAUAUUGCUCGAUGACAAGAACUGUUUAGAUGCUGGUACAUAUGAACUUUCAUGAAAAUAGUUUCCAAAUCCCGUUUAUCGUAUUUGUACAGGUUUUUGCUGCAAGUUGAACAAUAUGUUAAUAUAACUGUGUAUCUUCUACGUCUGGCCAAUAGCUUUUGGAAUUGGCAAGAUCAUUGUCUUAAACCAAGUAUUGCAAACGACCCCGUUGAAGAUAUCAGUAAAUUGAAGCGAGGUUAUUGUCUGCCGUAUAUGAUCAAGCUUUGAAUUUUCACUAAUGGGCUUCUUGGAAGUGCACUAAUGACAUUCUUGGCUUAACUUAUGCAUAAAUUGAAGAAUACCUUGACCUUCACUUCUGAAUGUGAAGCAUUUUGCAACAACGCUCACUAUUCCACCUCUAAGGCUCAUUUUAUGCAUUAGGAAAUCAACAGAUUACGAUUAAACUUUUGUUGGCAUUUUUUGUGUAGGUAUUUGAUUAUCUUAAAGCCUUCUCCCGUUGUCUACCCUCAUUCCUUGAAUAGAAUUUUGUUUCCCAUCUCAGGACAAAAAGUGCCAGUGUUGCGAUAUAAGACUGUGAAAAUCUGUGUUGCUAAUUUUUCAGGCUUGUAUUUUAUCAUCAGAGACCCGGGUGCGAAUUCUUGCUUUUUAAUGUAUGUAUUUGUUACUUUUCUCUGGCGGAUGAUGAUUAUUAUGAAUCAAAUUUUUACAUUUUGUGGGGCUAUUUACAUGUAGAUGGUGUAGUCUUUAAAGUGCACAUGUAUUCUCUCUCCACCUUGUUAUAUGAUACGGUUGUCAAAUGCUCUCUAGAUUCCUUUAUCCUUCUUUACCCAAUACCAUGGAGUUAUCUUUGUUUUUAAAAGGAGACUUAACAAGCAGAAGGCAGCCGAUUAAUUGAUAUCAGCCUUGUCUUAAACAACAUAAGCAAGAGCCCGAUUUUCUAUGAGAGACUUCUACGUUUUCCAACACAUUUGACAACCGACACCACCCCAGAUUAAUUGGGUUGACAAACAAUUUUUAUGACAGUGAAUUUUCUUUCAUCAUAUGAAUGAAAUUCGUUAUGUUGGUAGAGUUAUUACUUUUUUAAGAAACCUUUUUAAAGUAUUUUAGUUUGUUUAUCUUUAUGCCCAAGUACUCCCUGUGUGAA